AUGGCAUUCAACGGUACCUGGAAAGCUGAAAAAAAUGACAACUAUGACAAGUUUAUGGAACAGAUGGGAAUAAAUGUUAUGAAAAGAAAGCUUGCCAGCCAUGAUAACCUGAAACUUACAAUUCACCAAGAUGGGGAUAAGUUUACUAUCAAAGAGUCCAGUACCUUUCGAACAAAAGAAAUUGAGUUCACUUUGGGAGUAGCAUUCGACUAUGUCCUGGCAGAUGGAACAGAAGUGAAUGGUUCAUGGGUUUGUGAGGGAAACAAGCUUGUUGGAAAGUUCGUCAGAAAAGACAAUAGCAAGGAGCUGCUGACAACAAGGGAAAUUGUUGGAGAUGAGCUUGUACAGGCUUAUUCAUAUGAAGGAGUUGAUGCCAAGAGAUUUUUCAAAAAGGAAUAA